ACCUGGUAGUAGUAGAAACGGCCCCCGACGACCUGCUCGUCCUCAGUUUGUUGCCACCUCCCUCCCCUUCCGCCUCCGCACGGCGUCCGCUUCCCAUCUUGGCCUGGACACCUGGGCUGCGCCCCCUCCGUUUCCGCGCUCCCCGGACGCGCACCGAUCUCGCGCCGCGCGCCUAAGUCGCCGCCGGAAUCCGCCCCGCCCUCGCGCUGCUGCCAGCGUCGCGCGACAAGGUGAUACUGGUGCCAAGGUAGGACGAGAGAGGUCGAGUUCUUGCUGGUUUCAUUCUUGGGAGCCGCCGACUUCACAUGCCAACAACCCCGAGGAGCAGAAGCCAGGCUAGGACCACUAGGCCUUGGAUCUUGCCAGGGAUGGACUUCGCGGAUUCGAGACGGAAGCCUAAUUUCACGGGGAAGAUUGCUGUGGCUGCUGCCCUCACGGUCAUGUGCAUAAUUGUAUUGAAACAGUCGCCUGGUUUCAGCGGUACCAAUGUGUUCUCUCGCCAUGAAAUUGGGGUGACCCAUGUCUUAGUGACAGGAGGGGCUGGGUAUAUUGGCUCGCAUGCUACUCUUCGUCUCCUUAAGGACAACUACCGUGUUACCAUUGUGGAUAACCUUUCCAGAGGUAACAUGGGAGCUGUAAGAGUUCUUCAACGGUUGUUUCCACAGCCUGGAAGGCUUCAAUUUAUUUAUGCUGAUUUAGGCGAUGCCAAAGCUGUGAACAAACUGUUUUCGGAAAAUGCAUUUGAUGCUGUUAUGCACUUUGCUGCUGUUGCUUAUGUUGGUGAGAGCACAAUGGAGCCACUGAGGUACUACCACAAUAUAACAUCAAAUACACUGACAGUGCUUGAGGCAAUGGCAAAGCAUAAUGUAAAUACUCUGAUUUACUCGAGUACUUGUGCAACAUAUGGUGAACCUGAUACGAUGCCUAUUGUAGAAACUACUCCUCAGAAUCCUAUCAAUCCUUAUGGUAAGGCAAAGAAGAUGGCAGAGGAUAUCAUCUUAGAUUUCACAAAGUCAAAGAAAUCAAACAUGGCUGUCAUGAUCUUAAGAUACUUCAACGUGAUUGGAUCUGACCCAGAGGGGCGGCUAGGAGAAGCUCCAAGGCCAGAGCUGCGUGAGCAUGGUCGGAUUUCUGGUGCUUGCUUCGAUGCAGCUUUGGGAAUCAUUUCAGGGCUAAAGAUUCGAGGAAAUGAUUACCCCACUACAGAUGGAACUUGCAUCAGAGACUACAUAGAUGUCACAGAUCUUGUUGAUGCCCAUGUCAAAGCUCUUGAUAAGGCUCAACCUGGCAAAGUUGGAAUCUACAAUGUUGGCACAGGCCAAGGUAGAUCAGUGAAGGAGUUCGUAGAAGCUUGCAAGAAGGCAACAGGAGCUUCCAUCAAGGUUGAUUUUCUUGCCCGUAGACCUGGAGAUUAUGCCGAGGUAUACAGUGACCCAUCGAAAAUCCACCGUGAGCUCAACUGGACAGCUCAAUACACUGAUCUUGGCCAAAGCCUUGCCCAGGCGUGGAAAUGGCAGAAAGCCCACCCAAAGGGAUAUGGAUCAGCCUGAUUCAGAGUUUAAUAGGUUCAUCAUGCAGAUUCGUGGGUCCAUGUGCAGUCAUAUAGGCUUCAUCAGACAGUUGCAUAGAAAAAACAUCGGGGACAGCCACAGAAAGUCCUGAAAUUUUUUGAUUCAUGGGUCCAUGUGCAGUCAAAUGGAAGAGGACAGAAUCACAGAGAGAACGGCUUACGUGUUCCUUGAUUAGGUUCAUAUAUAUAGGUUCUCUUUUGAUUGCUGACAUUUUAUUUGUUUUGAUAUGUGCUGAGGCACUAUAUAAUAACACAAAUGCAAAACUGUGUUGUAGACAGGGUAGAUGAAUCUUAUGUACGGAACCUAUUAUGGUGGUGGAAUGAAAGGAUAUAAAUAAGUUUUUGUA